GCGGCAGAGGAAGCUGAAGACAUGAUCCAAUAGCAUUGGGGAACGAAAGCAGGCUCAGGGCCAAUGAGAAUCCGUAAAAGCCUAUCCAAUCAGCUUAUUUCUGGAAUGCUUUAAAGCCGUAAGAUGUUGGCUUGUUUUCCGAACAGAGCAGAGUUUGACUAAGACGCCAUGGCUCGAACCAAGCAAACCGCACGUAAGUCUACCGGGGGUAAAGCCCCCAGGAAGCAGCUCGCCACUAAAGCAGCCCGGAAGAGCGCGCCUGCGACUGGCGGAGUGAAGAAGCCUCACCGUUAUAGGCCUGGCACUGUAGCUCUGCGAGAAAUUCGUCGCUAUCAGAAGUCUACCGAGCUGUUGAUUCGCAAGCUGCCUUUCCAGCGCCUGGUGAGGGAGAUCGCUCAGGAUUUCAAGACCGAUCUGCGCUUCCAAAGCUCCGCUGUAAUGGCUCUGCAGGAGGCUAGCGAGGCUUACCUGGUUGGUCUGUUCGAGGAUACCAAUCUGUGCGCCAUUCACGCCAAGAGGGUGACCAUCAUGCCAAAGGAUAUUCAGCUGGCCCGCCGCAUCCGUGGGGAGCGCGCUUAA